AUGACACGCCUCUCCCACUGGCUUCUUGCAUCCAUCUGCCUCCUCGGGCUAUCCCAGGCAAAGCCCGUUGACAGCCGUCUCAACACCCGAGCAGACACGAUCAAAUGGAAGAAUUGUGUCCUCAGAAAGAACCAGACUCUUCCCAGACAAUGUGCCAAGCUCAAGGUACCCCUCGACUACACCGACCCAGAUAACAAGAAGGGAGUCGCCCUCGACCUCACAAAGAUCGAGGCGCUCAAGAAACCUUCGAAAGGCUCCAUCCUCAUCAACUUUGGAGGUCCUGGAGAACCUGCACGUGCCAGUCUCACGUCGAACUCGGCGGCCUUGAUAUUGCUGGGCCUUGACGGGAGUGGAACUGGAGAUACGCUCACCUUCUCAUGCUUUGCCACAGACUUGGAGAGGAUACAGUUCGGAAAUGGCCCGUCCAAACCCGUCGCUGGCGCGUUUCCUCUCGCAAGAGGCCAAAACUGGGCCUCGAGUGAGAUCUUUGCCGAGACAUGCGCCCUCAAACAGAACAAGACUGGUCAAUUCCUCGGUACAUCUUUCGUCGCUCGGGAUAUGAUGCAGAUCGUUGAUGCUUUGGACGAGGACGGCAUGCUGCGCUACUGGGGAAUGUCUUAUGGCACCUAUCUUGGCGCCGUGGCAGCCAACAUGUUUCCUGACAAGAUUGAUAAGAUGAUGCUUGACGCUGUUGUCAAUCCCUUUGACUGGCGCAUCAACCAUGACUUUGAGUCUCUUGUAGAUACAGAUGCGACCUUUAGCAGAUUCUGUCAAGAAUGUGUCGAAGCACGGGACAUCUGCCCUCUCGCCGGCAAACUCAACGCCCAAGACCUCGAGAAGAAGCUAUACAAGUUCUUUGACGAUCUUCGGCUCGAGCCCAUCGUGUUCCAGGGCACAAUAAUCGACUAUAGGUGGAUCAAGGCGUUGCUGUAUGCUAACCUCAAAAUGCCCGAGACAUGGCAGAUAAUGUCGAGGCUUCUUGAUGCCAUGAUGAAGCGAGACCCGGAGCUGCUUGAGGCGGCGCUAACUGCAAUGUCGGAAGGGCGCGGCGGUGGCGGUAGCGGCAUUACCAAGGAGUCUCUUUGGGGUAUUCGCUGCAGCGAUAUGACCGGGCAGACUGAUGAUAUUCACGACAUCAUCCCUAUACUGAACAAACGGUGGGAUACAAGCAGAUUCGCCGCCGACACUCUUGAAGACGCCGUCAUGCGAUGCUCGAGGUGGAAACUCCCAGCCAAGGAACGAUACGAGGGCGACUUCAAGGCCAAGACGAAGAACCCGGUGCUCGUUAUCGGACAGACUGCUGACCCCAUUACUCCCCUGGCGUCAGCGCGCAACCUCACCGGGGCCCUUGAGGGCAGCGUGCUUCUCGAGUUUGACAUCCCCGGCCAUUCAAUUCUCCGCCGAAGCUCUGAGUGUGUUAUCAAGGCUACCGCAGCUUACUGGAGCGAGGGCAAGCUUCCCAAGAAUAACACGGUCUGCAAGUCCGAGGUUGAGCCUUUUUCGACCGACUCAGGCUGGCCUGAGAUGAUCAAGAAGCUUGGCAUGGGCCCCAAAGAAUAG